AUGGAAGAAUUUUAUCUCACUGAAGAAGCUGAUGCUUGCACAGCAGCUGGGAAAUGUGAAGAAAAUAAAAAGCAUCAAUCCAACAAGCGAGCAGCAGCCACAGAGGAGAGGCUUCUGCUACAUAAUCAGCACCCCAUGAAACCAUGGCAACAUGCACGGGCCCGGGUUAAAGAGAAUGUGCGCUGUGUGUGGGGCAUCCUGGGAUCAGUUGGGAGUGUAGAGUGGUACUGCCUUGGUGCUCUGGGGGUCCUUACAGCCUUGAUCAGCUUCUUCAUGGAUCUUUGUGUAGGCAAACUGCUGAAAGCUCACAGUUGGCUGUACAAUGAGCUCCAGGGCUACAGGCUGCUGCAGUUCCUGUGCUGGACACUGUACCCUGCCUCGCUCUGCACCCUGUCCACCAUGUUUUCUCACAGCGUCUGUCCACAGUCAGCAGGAUCUGGUUUGCCAGAGGUGAGAACCAUGCUUUUGGGCCUGGACAUGCCUGAUUUCCUGUCUCUGUCCAACCUGUUCGCCAAGGUGGUGGGCCUCACCUGCACUCUAGCAGCGGGAAGUGCAGUCUUCUUGGGCAAAGUGAGCCCAUUCAUCCACCUGUCCACCAUGGUGGGAGCAUUCCUGGACCGGCUCUGUGUGUCUAUUCGUGGGGAGGAGCCCAGAGGCCAGAACGGGAUGCUGGUGGCAGCUGCUGCAGUGGGUGUGGCCAGCUGUUUUGGAGCUCCAAUUAGUGGAGUGCUCUUCAGCAUUGAGGCCACAUGCACCCUCUUUUCCGUGCGCAACUACUGCUGCUGCUUCUUUGCCGCUGCCACAGGGGCCUUGACCUUCCGACUGUUGGCUGUAUGGAACAGAGAGCAAGAAACAGUGCAGGCCCUGUUUAAAACAAGCUUCUCGACUGACCUGCCCUACUAUGCUCCAGAGAUAUUGGUCUUUGCCCUCCUGGGGUUACUGUGUGGAGCUGUCGCCCGUCUCUUCAUGCACUCGUUUCGCUGGAGCCUACUCUUCAUUCGCACCAACCGGGUCGUCAGUAGAAUGCUAGCCACUGAGAAGUCAUUCUAUUCAGGCAUGGUCGCAUUCAUCCUGGGCACGAUCACGUUCCCUCAUGGUGCAGGCCAACUAAUGGCUGCCAAGCUGUCCAUGAAGCAGCUCCUUGCCUCUCUCCUCGACAGACAACAGUGGCAAGUCCUGUCCCAGAAUGUUUCAGUGAUGGUGCCACAGAAAGGCCAUGAAACCCUGUGGCUGGAGUGGAGUCCUGCUGGCACUUCUGUCUUCUACACACUCGGAGUCUUCCUCAUAAUGAAGCUCUGGUUACUGGUCUUGGCCUCCACGUUGCCCUUACCUGCAGGCUACUUCAUGCCCAUUUUCAUUUACGGUGCUGCGAUUGGACGCUUGGUGGGGGAGGGGCUCGCCUACAUGUUCCCCAAUGGAAUCCACUCUGGAAGCAGUAGCUGCCUGAUAAACCCAGGAGGCUAUGCAUUGGCCGGUGCAGCGGCCUUCUCCGGUGCAGUCACCCACACAGUAUCCCCCGCCAUCCUGGUGCUGGAGCUGACAGGCCAGUCGACACAUGCUGCACCUACCCUGCUGGCAGUGCUGCUGGCCAAUGCGGUGGCGCGUUCCUGCCGACGGCCUUCCCUGUAUGACGCCCUGUCCCUUGUCAAGCAACUGCCGCACCUGCCCUCUCUGCUCCGCAGCAGGCCAGAGAUGUCAGAUGUCCAGAUUGGACAGGUUUGGUGCUCUCAGGAGGUGGAUCCUGAGAGAGGAAGCAGAGCUCCACCCCAAGUGGAGGCGGUCUUGGAAAAACAAGCUGGGGUUAGAGAGGUGCACCUGGUUCUGACUGCCUAUCCAGGGACACAAUUCCCUGUGGUGGAUUCACAUGAGUCUCGAAUUCUUCUAGGUUCUGUGCACAGACUGGAGUUGGAGAGCUUCCUGCACCACCAGACUGAAGGACACAAUGAAUUGCAGUUGGCAGAUGGAUGUUCAGUUCAGCCAGUUCCUGUACAUAUCUCUGCUGAGUCAACGGUUCAACAGGCUUAUGGAGUAAUGAGUGUGCUGGGUGUGCCACAGCUCUAUGUGACUGACCAUGGGAGACUGCGUGGGAUCAUUACCUGGCCUCAGAUGCAGAAAAUUAUCACAUGUUUGGCCAAAGAAGAAAGGAUGCAAAUCAGUGAGCAGCAUAACGAACCAGUGCAAACUUGGAACGCUGAUGUCUGCAGGAAUGACACCCUAUGA